AUGUACGUCAAGGCUGUGGCCGCGGAAACGGCUGAAGGCUUGCCGCAGGGAGAGGGAGAGGGUGUGUCCGGUCCUUACGUCCUGUUUCAGCUUCCAGCAGGCCUGGUCUCUGGCUCCAAGUCUCAGUCGACUCGUCCAGAGCACCAGAAAGGGGAGCCCAUCGAUGCAUCAUCUCGCGGAUCUCCGAGAUGUCAAAGAGUCCCCUGUGAGGGAUCCCCAAGGUCACCGAAAAAGGUAUCUGCUGAGCCUUCGCGAAACAUUCUAGCCCUAGAAGUGGGACAGCAGGAUUCCUCAGUCGCAGAUCUACCACCACCGGCAACGGGCAAGCAGCAUCCGCGAAUUCGAAGCCCGAGCGACGAGCUAGCCUCAGCCGAAGAUCAAGGUAGUGGUUACGUAUAA